AAUUAUGUAUAAUUAUAACAUUUAAGUUGCACCAAAAAUCAACCAUGCUUAAUCAGAUCAUUACUAUCAUCCAUAUUCAACCUUAAGUUAUCAAUCCUAUACUAACAAACCAACCUAUUUAUAAUAAUUAGCCAAUUACAAAUAUAAUAAUGACUGUUAUUAUUAAGAAAAACAAUACCUUCCUGAAGCUGAUCGAUCACUCUUUUAAAUUUAAAAAGAACAACAUUAUGAAUAUAUGACCAAGCUAAAUAAAAAUCUAGAAUUUGAUUUCCAGACUUUAAAGAAUAAGUAUAUCAUUCUCAUAUAACUAAGAAUUGAAACAUUAUCAAUUUCAUAUAUAGAAGAAAGAGAAAUAUUUUAACAAAUGAUAAAUGAAAUUGCAUAACAAUUACGUGAUAUUGAAAGAUGCAAAUCAAAUAUUGUAUAUAUUGACCUUCAAAAAUUUGAAAACAAUAUAACUGUCAUUAAUUUAUUAGAAUACUUACAUGAAUAAGAUCUAAAAUAAAUCAAAAAGAGUGAUGUUGAAUUAUUCUUUAAUUCAAUGAACUAAUAAAUUUAAUAAGCUCAUAUUUCGUAUCAUUAUUUUAUAUUUUUAUAGAAAACUAAAACUAUAAAAUUUGAUUGGAAAAGAUUAUCUUACUAAAUAAGAUCAAGAUGAACAUGUCAAUUAAAUUCAAGCUAGAAUAAUUGCCAUGAUAAUUUAAACAUACACUCAUCUUGAGUUUUAUAGAUAAAAAUUUUAAUAACUGGCUCUUAAAUUAGAUUAUAUUUUUAAUUGGUUAGACUUUGAUAGAGAUGGAAUAUUAUCAUUUGCAGAUUUCAAAACAAGAUAUCCUAGUGCAGAUAUUGUGUUUAAAUUUAUCACAUAAUAAAGUUUAGAUCUUAGUAGCUUCAUUAAACUAUUUUAACCUCACUCAAAAGCUAAAUACUUAUGA